AUGCUCAUCACCAACAUUCUCGCUACUGUUACUACAGCCUGCGCUGUCUUUGCCCCUACUGCUGUGGCUUAUGAUAUGCGGGUCAAGAAGUACGGCAAGACUGACUGCUCUUCUCCUGGCGGCGGCAACUUGGAUUGGAGCAGAGGCGAAUGCCACGGUCUUUAUAGCACCGAUUGGGGCAUGAAGGUCAUUGAUUACAGCACUAACUGCAAGAGUAAGAAUGAAACUACCUUGGCAGCGUAUGACCAGUCAAAACUAACGUUGAUAACAGUGAGGGGUUAUUCGGACGGAAACUGCAGGAGCAAAGUGGUCACGGCCUUCAGCACCAGACAGUGCCACACUCUCAAGGGGGUCUGGUCUGUCCGUGUUGAAUGCCAGUAA